CUAAUCACAAUAUCGCUACUCGAGCUUUAGUCGUUGCCCUUAAAUCGCCAUCUGUGGGCAAAACUACCCAACAGGUUGUCUUAAUUACUGGACUACUAAAGCGCACUAUUGAUAGCAUCUACGGCCGAGCGAUCAAGCGUGGGUUUGAUCCUAACGCUGUCCCUCUUGUUAUAAAAGACGAAUAUCUUGAAGAUGCUCCCAGAUCUGGCCGUCUAAAUAAGCAGACAAGCGAGGUUCAGCAAUCUCUCACCCAGAAGCCAGGAGGUUAUUAGGCUUAUGGGUGGUAAUGAGUACAAAGAGGGAAGAGAUCACACCCAGAGGAGGCAUUUGCUUGUCCGCCCAAUUUGAAAUGUGGCUUUUUAGUGCCUUGGCGUGGGCAAAGAC